GGGUGGGGGACUAGGAACGGUGGGAGCUGCUGGGUGGAAGAGCUGCUGCCGGUGUCAUGGCGGAGCUGAGUGAGGCGCUAAUGUCAGUAUUACCGACGAUCCGGGUCCCUAAGGCUGGAGACCGGGUCCACAAAGACGAGUGCGCCUUCUCUUUCGACUCGCCGGAGUCUGAAGGCGGCCUCUACAUCUGCAUGAACACAUUCCUGGGCUUUGGGAAACAGUAUGUGGAGAGGCACUACAACAAGACUGGCCAGCGAGUCUACCUGCAUCUUCGACGGACACGGCGCCCGAAAGAGGAGGACACCACUACAGGCACUGGAGACCCCCCACGCAAGAAGCCCACCCGACUGGCUAUUGGUGUGGAAGGCGGUUUUGACCUCACUGAGGAUAAGUUUGAAUAUGAUGAAGAUGUAAAGAUUAUCAUUUUGCCUGAUUACCUGGAGAUUGCCCGGGAUGGGUUGGGAGGCCUGCCUGACAUGGUCAGAGAACGGGUGACCAGUGCGGUGGAGGCCCUGCUGUCGGCUGACUCUGCCUCCCGCAAGCAGGAGGUGCAGGCCUGGGAUGGGGAGGUGCGGCAGGUGUCAAAGCAUGCCUUCAACCUUAAGCAGUUGGACAACCCUGCUCGAAUCCCUCCCUGUGGCUGGAAGUGUUCCAAGUGUGACAUGAGAGAGAACCUGUGGCUCAACCUAACAGAUGGCUCCAUCCUUUGUGGCCGACGCUACUUUGAUGGCAGUGGGGGCAACAACCAUGCCGUGGAACACUAUAGGGAGACCGCCUAUCCACUGGCUGUCAAGCUGGGCACCAUCACACCUGAUGGAGCUGAUGUGUACUCAUACGAUGAAGACGACAUGGUCCUGGAUCCCAACCUAGCUGAGCAUCUGUCCCACUUCGGCAUUGACAUGCUGAAGAUGCAGAAGACAGACAAGACGAUGACUGAGUUGGAGAUCGAUAUGAACCAGCGGAUUGGCGAGUGGGAGCUGAUCCAGGAGUCGGGUGGGCCACUUAAGCCCCUGUUCGGGCCUGGCUACACAGGCAUCCGGAACCUGGGUAACAGCUGCUACCUCAACUCUGUGGUCCAGGUGCUCUUCAGCAUCCCCGACUUCCAGAGGAAGUAUGUGGAUAAGCUGGAGAGAAUCUUCCAGAAUGCCCCAUCGGACCCUACCCAGGACUUCAGCACCCAGGUAGCCAAGCUGGGCCAUGGCCUUCUCUCCGGAGAGUACUCCAAGCCAGCGCUGGAGUCCAGCGAUGGGGAGCAGAUGCCAGAACAGAAAGAAGUUCAGGAUGGCAUUGCUCCUCGGAUGUUCAAAGCCCUCAUUGGCAAGGGCCACCCUGAGUUCUCCACCAACCGGCAGCAGGACGCCCAGGAGUUCUUCCUUCACCUUAUCAACAUGGUGGAGAGAAAUUGCCGGAGUUCUGAAAACCCUAAUGAAGUAUUCCGCUUCUUGGUGGAGGAGAAGAUCAAGUGCCUGGCUACAGAGAAGGUUAAGUACACCCAGCGAGUUGACUACAUCAUGCAGUUGCCUGUGCCCAUGGAUGCAGCCCUGAACAAAGAGGAACUUCUGGAGUAUGAGGAAAAGAAACGGCAAGCUGAGGAGGAAAAGCUGCCACUGCCAGAACUGGUCCGGGCCCAGGUGCCCUUCAGUUCCUGCCUGGAGGCCUACGGAGCGCCGGAGCAGGUGGAUGACUUCUGGAGCACGGCCUUGCAGGCCAAAUCGGUCGCUGUUAAGACAACACGAUUUGCCUCAUUCCCUGACUACCUGGUCAUCCAGAUCAAGAAGUUCACCUUCGGCUUAGACUGGGUGCCCAAGAAACUGGACGUGUCCAUUGAGAUGCCAGAGGAGUUAGACAUCUCCCAGUUGAGGGGUACAGGGCUGCAGCCUGGAGAGGAGGAGCUGCCUGACAUUGCCCCUCCCCUGGUCACUCCGGAUGAGCCCAAAGGUAGCCUUGGUUUCUAUGGCAACGAAGACGAAGACUCCUUCUGCUCCCCUCACUUCUCCUCUCCAACAUCACCAAUGCUGGAUGAAUCGGUCAUUAUCCAGCUGGUGGAGAUGGGUUUCCCUAUGGAUGCCUGCCGCAAGGCUGUCUACUACACAGGCAACAGUGGGGCCGAGGCUGCCAUGAACUGGGUCAUGUCGCACAUGGAUGAUCCAGAUUUUGCAAACCCCCUCAUCCUGCCUGGCUCCAGUGGACCUGGCUCCACCAGUGCAGCAGCUGACCCCCCGCCAGAGGACUGUGUGACCACCAUUGUCUCCAUGGGCUUCUCCCAGGACCAGGCCCUGAAAGCUCUACGGGCCACGAACAAUAGUUUAGAACGGGCUGUGGACUGGAUCUUCAGUCACAUUGAUGACCUGGAUGCUGAAGCUGCCAUGGACAUCUCCGAGGGCCGCUCAGCUGCCGAUUCCAUCUCUGAGUCUGUGCCAGUUGGACCUAAAGUCCGGGAUGGUCCUGGAAAGUAUCAGCUCUUUGCCUUCAUUAGUCACAUGGGCACCUCUACCAUGUGUGGUCACUACGUCUGUCACAUCAAGAAGGAGGGCAGAUGGGUGAUCUACAAUGACCAGAAAGUGUGUGCCUCUGAGAAACCACCCAAGGACCUGGGCUACAUUUACUUCUAUCAGAGAGUGGCCAGCUAAGAGCCCCUCCUCACCCCUUACACUGGGGCCAGGGGACAAACCACCCGGCAUGUGGGAUAGGGGCUGAAGAAUGGACCUCAGCCCCCCUGCUCUAUACCCUUUUUCUUUUUGUCCCCAGCAGGGAAGAAGCUGGAGGCCAUAGGAGAAUGGCCAAGCAAAGGGCAGGGGUCACUCUAUAGACUUUGGGGAUCGAGUGGGAAGGGGAAGGGAGGGGGCCAGCCUGUCUAUAAAGAGACUUUGUUGCUUCCCCUGCCCCUUAAAUCCACAGUGCUCUGCUUCUCUGUGUUCUCUUGCCCAGCCCCCUGGUAUGGAGUCAGGGGAGGGUGUCUCAUUUGUGUGUGUGCCUGGGUGUAGCUUUGUGCAUCCUCUUCUAGGGGAGGAAGCGCCUGUGCUUCCCCUCACCCUUUGUGUUUGCUCCAUGUGUGGUUGGGCAAGGAGGAGUAUGAGGGAAAUGGGGACGCCCCCACCCUCCUGCCUCAUUCUUUUCCCUACCCUGUCUUUUCCCCAUUCUUUCUGAAAAUGCCAAAAUACAUGAUGUGAAUAAAAGUACAAUGGCUAA